GAAUCAAAAGUGCCUUACGGAUUGGAUAAUAGCAUUGAAAUGGUUUACAUUUCGUGGACAUGAUCAUUUAGCUAUAUUAUUAGCUCAUAAUAAUGUAUAUGUGUAUGAUACAUUUAAUAAACACUAUCAAGAAACAUGGUGUAAAGAGAAAUGUAUUCUAUAUGCUGGUUCUAUAUUAGUGAAAGGUAACAAGGACUUGAUAGUUUUUAGUGGGACAGUCUUUCAAGAAAUAUUAAUUUGGGAAGUGAAUCAUGAUCUAUCUUCUAUAGAAACUAUAUCAGUUAUACAUCGAUUACAGGGGCAUAAUGGUGUAAUCUUUUCAGUGAUGUAUGAUCCAUUUACAAAAUUAAUUUGCUCCACAUCUGAUGACAGAACGGUCAGAUUGUGGAAUGUAUAUUGCAGUGUAAACGAAGAUGAAGGUGAUAUAGAUUGGAAACAAGCAAAAAUAAAAUUAACAUGGACAAUGUUUGGUCAUACAGCUAGAGUAUGGAGAUCUGUUAUUAGAAAUGAAACUUUAAUUACAAUAGGAGAAGAUUCUCUUAUGUGCACUUGGUCAUUGGAUAGUAAAUUACUCAACAAAAUUUGUGCUCACCAUGGAGCUGCUGUAUGGAGCAUUGAUGUAUCAAAUGAUAAUAAAUAUGUUAUUACUGGAGGAGCUGAUGGCGCAGUUCAUGCAUGGUCUCUUGUUAAUAAUUACAUGCAGAAGAAUGUACAGUUACCUACAGAUUCUUUGUGUACCUCGCCAAAAUAUGUUUGUUGCUUAAAUAAUGGCAAUGUUUUGAUUUUCAAUGAAAAUGGAACUCUCUGUGUUAUGAAUAAAUUGCACUCUGAUCCAAUAGAAUCAUUGUAUCUAGAGAGAUAUAGUACAUACUGUGUUAUGGAAGUGUCUUUCUGUCAUUCUUACAUUUGUUUUGGGUCAAGAGAUGGAUAUAUAGCAAUAUACAAAGUGACCGACAAUGCAAAUGAUAAAAAGUUGCAGCAACUUUUUGAAAAAAAGAUAAUGGACUCUCAGAUAUUUUCUAUUCAAUGGCUGCAAAAUGACAAAGUGAUAGCAUGUGGAUCAAGGGGAAUGUUAAAAAUAUUCAGUUUCAGUGUGAAAGGAGCAAUAUCUAUAGAGUCAGUAUGUCUAUUACCACCAAGUCGAGAACGUUGGCUGACAGCAGCAGUACUUUAUGAAGGAUUAUUAAUAUGUGGCGAUAGAGCUGGAAACAUGCAUGUUUUCAAAAUUGAAAAAUCUAUCCUACGUGAACAUAUCAAUACAACUGAAACAGACAAUAAGCCUGUUCAAACUUUUACAAAAGUUCAUGGCAAAAUUGGUAUUCAGAAUUUUACAGUCUUAGAUUCAAAAUUAAUAUCAGCAGGUCGUGACGGAAUGUUAAAUUUUUAUAAAUUACACGAGCAUGAAAAUAAAAAAUUGUUACAAACUUUGCAUAAAGAAAAAAUACCAAUAGAUUGGAUUAGUGGAAGUUUAAAAAUUUCAAAUGACAUCCUAAUAUUAGGUUUUAAGGAGGUGGAAUUUUUUAUUUAUAGUAUGUUUAAUCAUAGAACAAUAACAAGAAUUCCUUGUGGUGGUGGACACAGAUCAUGGGAUUGUAUGCUAAUGGGUGAAUUAAUCACAUUCCUCUAUAUUCGUAAUAAACGAGUAUAUAUGUUUAAUUUUUCAUUAAGUUCUAUAAAAUCGCCAGUUUUAUUAAAUGGUUUUCACACAAAAGAGGUACAUUGUAUCAAUCCUAUAUUGAAAACCAAUCAAGAUAAUAUAUUUUUAUCUGGCGGUGAGGACGGCAGUCUUCGCAUCACUACUGUAUCAAAUGCGUUGAUAAAAAACAAUUUUAGUUUUCGCACACUGGGUAUUUUUAAUGGUCACAUUUCUAGUAUAAAAGCGAUAGCUUCCUUAAGCUUGCAAUCUAAUUUUUCACUCAAUAAAAAUCUUGUUUUUUCGGUGGGCGGAAGAGCUCAGAUAAAAGUAUGGGAAAUCGAUAUAGAAAAUAGUGAAAACAUUCUAAAAGACACAGAUAUUUCUUGUUUUGAUGUUACCUCCCACAUGUUGCAUGGAUUUGAUCAACUUCGUAAGAAACAGUGGCAGGAACCUAAUCAAUCAUAUAUUGUUCUGCCUGAUACUCGAUAUAUGGAUAUUGCAAUUUACCGUGACGCAAAACAUUUGCAUUAUGUAUUGCUUUUCGUUGCUUGCGCGGAUGGAUUCGUCAGAACAUUUUUAUACAAUGUCAACGCAAGACAUAUAUCAUUGAAAGUGCAUACGAAGCUUGUUGACCGUUGUAUAGCAAAAAUUAAUAUCUUCACGUGUGAAGACAACAUACUUGUAUUAACGAUGUCAACUGAUGGAGUUGCCCGUUUUAUUAAUUUUACCGAUACUGUUUCCACUAUCUUGAAAAAUAUGCAAGGUGAUGAUCAAAAAAUAAAAAAUUGUUCUGAUAUACUUGCAAAAUUCACUUUACAUCAAUCUGGAAUUAAUUCAUAUGACAUAAAAAACAUUAAGAAAGAUGAAUAUCUAUUAGCAACCGGUGGUGAUGACAAUUUAUUUAAUCUUAUUCAUUUUAAAAUUUCUUUUUCUGAGGAGAAAAAAGUAUUACAGGUUUUAUUAUUAUCAAAGUGGAGUACUUCAACUGUACAUUUUGCUCAAAUUACAGGCAUAAAGUUUCAUGAAGAAAAUACAAUUUUCAGUGUAGGAGUGGAUCAACGACUUAAUGUCUAUAAUUAUAAUUUCAGCAAUGACACGUUCUCUGUGAAAAUUUUUGAAACGAUGUUUACAUUUGUGACAGAUGUGAAAGGUUUAACUUUGUGGUAUACUCCAAAGGAUGAAUCAGCUAUCUGUGUUUAUGGCAAUGGUUUCGAAGUCUUGCUCUCUUAAUAAUCUAUAAAUACAACAAAUUUGU